AUAGUGUAAAAGACCUAACUUCGCGAGCACAAAAAUAAAGGGGCCCUGCGAAGUACCCUACUCAGAACUAUGGUAACUAAUAAUGGCUGGCAGGGUCGUGCCUGCGUAUUGCAUUAGUGGGCCCAGCGACAUCUCCUUCUCUCCUCGUUUCAUGACCAUAUUUUGCAUCAUCUUUCGACCUCUUGUCAGUCACACGAGUCGAUCAAGCUACUAAUCAGUUCAUAUUAUUAACUAACUGCAACAUGAUGAGAUGGUUUUUAUGAUCAAAGAAAGAAUCACUAUCAUAGAUGUUUUGAGAACCUUCUAAUAAAGCAAUUCGUUAAAAACUCGUCUUAUAUAUAAUCCCUCUCUAGUACGCGCCACGAGUUGGUCUUGGCCUUGGCCAUCGUCUUAUAAUCCCAUCAUCAUCUGGAUCUGUAAUGCCUCUUGUGAUCUCUUCAAUGCCAAAAGUUGUGAGUUCUCCAAUUAUCAAUCUUCCUCAGCCCCCUCUCAAAUCAGAGCCUCUCAAAUUCAAAAGUGAGUCGUCUCUUUGCUGGUUCUAAUUUGGGAUGUAUCAAAACCACAAGAGCGGCA